AUGCCGUUUUUUCUUCUCCUGUGUAAGCAGAUGGAGGAGCAGCUGGCGAGGCUGCAGGAGGGGCUGCAGGCGGCGGUCCGCCGCCUGGAGGGCCUCGAGGCGGCGCAGGGGGCCGCCGAGGCGGCGGUGCACGGGCAGCUGGGCAUGCUGGAGGCCGACCAGGGGGACCUGCAGGCCCAGGGCACGACGUUCGGCAUGCGCAUCGAGGCCCUCGAGAAGGUGCAGACGUCCCACGUGGCCGACAUCAAAGACCUGCAGAAGAGGCUCAGGAGGGAGGAGAAUCGCCUGAACGAGAUCGCCCAGUUCACCAGCGUCGUCCAGGAGGACAAGAUAUCCAGCCUCGAAGAGAAGCUCGACGACAUGCAGCUCAGGAUGGACGGCAAGGGCAGCUCCUUCCCGGCGCCCCUGGCCCCGGCGGCGGCGCCCGAGCGGGCGGAGGGCGCCCCCCCGCCCGAGCAGGAAGGCAGGCUCGUCGCCAUCGAGCAGAGCAUCGCGGAGCUCAGUGCGCGGAUGGCGGCUUCCCAGGACUGCGGAGCACCGGCGCAGGUGCCCCCCUUGGCCUUGGCGCGCCCUGCUGCUGAGCCCGACGCCUCUGCCUCACAGCAGGAGAAGAUGACCGCUCUUGAGCGAAGGGUCGAGGUGGCGAUCGACGAGCUCCACUCGUGGAUCGCCACGCAGAACCGCGUUGCCACUCCCAGGCAGGGGCCAGCCACCCCCCGGCAGACGCUGGGCACGCCCCGGAUGUCGCCGAGGGAUGCUGGGAAGCCCGUGCUGGCGAAGCUGCCGCUGGGCAGCCUCGCGGUCGCCCGGGGGCUGUCGCCCCUGCCGGAGGCCGAGCGGGAGCUGGAGGAGGCGGGCGCGGCGGGCCCGGGCGCGGCGGGCGCGGGCCCCGCGGGGCGGGCGGCCGCGGAGCCGCAGGGCGAGCCGGGGGAGGACGCCUACUCUCCUGUGGACGUGCUCGCGUGGGCGCAGUGGGACAACGGAACCUAG